ACUCAUCUCAGUAAUCUUACCACUCACAGCUCACAAGAAUCCAUCAUCUGCCGCCACUCAAAUGGCAUUUCUCUGCAGGGCACCAUCAUCCCAACCCCAAACCCAGUUGCUGAAUCUGGGGUUUCAUCGUGCAAUCUCCUCUCCUCAACUUCCCCCAGUCUCCAAUUUCCCCUGCACCCCUCUUUCUUCCAGGUUCAAUAAUGAGUUACGUUUGAGGGUGAGGCGAAGGAUGGCUGUCGUGUUUGCAUCAAAUACUGUUGAUCCUGUAGGGGGAGAUUCCAAGAAGGAGAAAUCAGAUGCCCAAGGUCCUCCAUUCUUGACCAUUUUGGCUGGAUUAUUACUAUUUCUCCUUGUAUUUUGGCUUCUAGGGUCCAUUGUGAUGUGGCUGUUUGGCCUAAUAGUCAAAUCACCUCCAUCUAAGUAAUGGUGUACUUUCAACCAUCUUCCAUGUCCAUGUUGAAGGGCUUUAGCCUGUACUUGUUCAUUUGAUUAUCCCCAUCAAUGGAAGCAACUCUGUUUUCUGCUGUA